AUGGAUUCCUCCUAUACCUGUAAAGGUGGAAGGAAAACUGGAGGUUCUACCAAACCCACUGUCAGCAAAGAAAGGACAGAGACCAGGAUAAAUCCACCUGCAGAGCUGCCCAAGCUUGGCAAUGCAACCAGUGACAAAAGUGAAGGCAAGAAGAAAGGACGACCCAAGGCUGAGAACCAGGCACUGAAGGACAUCCCACUUCCUCUGAUGAACCAGUGGAAGGAUGAAUUCAAAGCCCACUCCAGGGUGAAAUGUCCCAAUGCAGGCUGCUGGCUGGAGUUCCCCAGCAUUUAUGGCUUGAAGUACCACUACCAGCGCUGCCAGGGGGGAGCCAUCUCCGAGAAGCUGACCUACUCCUGCUCGUACUGUGAAGCUGCCUUCACCUCCAAGACCCAGCUGGAGAAGCAUCGGCUCUGGAAUCACCUGGACAGGCCAGUGCCAGCCAGCAGAGCAGAAAACAAAGUGCCCAAGGCCAUCGGGAAGAGCAGUGGCAAGAAAAGAGCUGCUGAGAGUUCAGCUUGCCCCACCAUCCAUCCCAAACAGGCAAAGACGGAGAGGGCCACGGGCCAGGAGCAUGCCCAGAAUGGGGAGUGCCCGGUGGAGAGCCGCGACAGCAAGGAGUUCCAGAUCGCUGCUGCAGAGGCCAUGGCAGCUGCCACCCCCACUGCCAAGUCCUCCAGUGGCAAGGAGGCCGUGCAGCAACGGGGCAGCCAGGCCUCGCUGCAGGAGGAAGACCCCGAGAGAAUGAAGCACAAGUCAGGAAGGAAACAGAAAACUCCUAAGAAGUUCACGGGGGAGCAGCCUUCCAUCUCGGGGACUUUUGGACUGAAAGGGCUUGUCAAAGCAGAGGACAAGGCAAAAGCUCAUCGAGCCAAGAAGCUGGAGGGGAACACCAGCACAGAGGAGCUGAAAAAGAAAUCUCCAGGAGGCAGUGUGAAGAAGGAAGUGGCUGUGCACCUGCCAGCAGCAAACCCUGAGGACCAGUGGCAGAGGGAAAUCAGUGAGAAGGGAGAAGUCUCCUGCCCAACCUGCAGUGUUAUAACCAGGAAAACUAUUGUGGGGCUGAAAAAGCACAUGGAUGUCUGCCAGAAACUGCAGGAUGCCUUGAAGUGUCAGCACUGCAAAAAGCAGUUCAAGUCCAAGGCUGGGCUGAAUUACCACACCAUGGCUGAGCACGUCAGCAAGCCUGUUCCUGUGGAAACUGCUGGACUUGGUGAACAGGAAGAGCGAGAGAGGCUGAGGAAGGUGCUGAAGCAGAUGGGGAAACUGAAAUGCCCCAAUGAGGGCUGCAUGGCCAACUUCUCCAGCCUGAUGGGCUACCAGUACCACCAGAAGCGCUGUGGCAAGCAGCUGGCCGAGGCCGACAAGCCCAGCUUCAGCUGCCCACACUGCGGCAAGAAGUACAAGUCCAAGGCCGGCCACGACUACCACCUGCGGUCGGAGCACGCGGCCCCAGCGAGCCCCCCGGACACCUCCGCGGCCCAAGGAGCUGGGCCGGCCCCCCCUGGCGGGGACUGCAGAGCUGCAGAGCCCACGGGCAGCACAGAGCCGGGCAGGGCCGAGCCGGGCAAGCCUCUAGAGGAGCCAGAGGUGAAGACAGAGCCUGGCCCUGUGGAAGACUUUGAAAGGACCCCGAGCGGCCGCAUCCGUCGGACCUCAGCCCAGGUGGCUGUUUUCCACCUUCAGGAGAUAGCAGAGGAUGAGCUGGCCAAGGAUUGGACCAAGAGGAGGAUGAAGGAUGACCUGGUGCCUGAAACAAAGCGGCUCAACUACACCCGGCCGGGGCUCCCAAAGCUCAAUCCCAGGCUGCUGGAGAACUGGAAGCAUGAAGUGAAGGAGAAGGGUCGCAUCAACUGUCCCAACAACUGCUGUGAAGCCAUUUACUCCAGUGUCUCGGGGCUGAAAGCUCACCUGGCCAACUGCAACAAGGGGGACCACUCGGUGGGCAAGUACCGCUGCCUCCUGUGCCAGAAGGAGUUCAGCUCCGAGAGUGGGGUCAAGUACCACAUCAUCAAGGCUCACUCAGAGAACUGGUUCCGAACCUCCUCCGAGGCCAGCCGGAAAAAAAAAAGCAGGGAGCAGCUUUCUGCUAGCAGAGAGGAGAAAAAGAAAAGCACAAACGGGAAGAAGAGGGGGAGAAAGCCCAAGGAGAGGCCUGCAGAGCCGUCCCCGAAGAGCAGAGAGAGCCUGGCAGCAAAGACUAAUCACAAGAAAGCCCUCGAGCCCUGGGAGGGCUCCCGGGGCAGCCCCGACGGGGGGGAGGAGCACGGCCCCAGGCCCCCGAGCCAGCGCAAGGGAGGAGCCCCCCGGGGGCCCGAGAAGUGA